AUGCCGUACUUUAUCCGGGCCGUCCGAUUGGUGAUCGCGUACAAUCGCAAGUAUCGGCUGAAGUACGCCAAAUUCGUGAAGAGAAAACAUGCAACGGGCGUCUUGGUCCUGACCUUCAUUGUGCUCACCAUCCGAGCCGGCUUGUUCUUCGGGGACGAUCCUGCACACUACUCGAGCUUGUUGCUUCCCAUGGCGAGAGCUCACCGUGGCGGGGUGCAGGAAUGGUUCAGGGCCACCGUGGUUCCCGUUGAAGAAGUAUUUACGGUGCAGGCGUCGGAUGAAUGCGGCGUGUUACGGCUCGCAAGCGGCGGUGGAGAACUGGCUCAGCAGUUUGGAAAAUUCUGUCAGGAGAACUUGUGCAUGGAGAGCUGGGAUUUCCUCGUCGACGUUGUCCGCUACGAACGGAUUGCGCCAAGCCUCGUCGCGAACGACCCCGAGGACGAGCAGUUCAACUCCUUCUUGUUCAUCCUGAACCAAUACCUGCUUCCCACGUCACCCGACGAGAUCAACAUAUCAAGCUCAAUGAGCACACGCAUCUUGGCGUUCGGAACAAGGGACGCCUUCAACGAGCUCAGCCUCGAGGAGCGGAUCGGCAUACUAGGGGAACCCUUCGACGAGAUCGUCCGGAUGCUGGAGCAAAAUCUGCUAAACAAGUUCCAGAGACGCGUAGCUGUGGACCGGGAGGCCCAGCUGCUCGCGGCUGCGGAUGGGGAUGUGGAUCUGGUGACCGUUCUGAAGGCAUCGGACCAUCGCGUUUGUAGUUCGAAGCCGGAAAUAUCUGUUUCCGGAUACACUUUAGGCUAA